AGCUGGGGAGAUCAAAGUCUGCAGUCGAAGCUGUAGAUUGUCCAAGCUGCAGCUCUUGGCCCCUUUCUCUUCCCCUGACUUUCUCCAGGAGAGAAUGCCCCUGUGAUCGCCCACUGGAGAACGGGUAGGAGCCAUCGCUCUGACAACCUGCCAGGGCCUGCUCUCUGGGCCGACCAUGAUGGAGCACUUUGGCUACGGGACCGAGUCUCAGUACAAUGAGUUCAGCAAUGGCAGCCCAAACUUCAUCAGAGCCAACAGCACGUCCAGGCCCAGCAGCAAAGCCAUUUACCGCCAGCGCAAGGAUUACACCCUCUCCACACUGAAGCAGCAAAGCGACUUCCAGCACCGCGUGGAGCACCUGCUCACCGUCCACGUGGACUCCAAGGACAUCCGUGGCGUGGACGACUGUGUGGCGCGGUUGAAGAUGAUGGAUGCGCAAGGACGGGUCUGGGGACAGGACAUGAUCCUGCAAGUGAGGGGCCAUGAGCUGCUGUUGAGCGACAUCGAGACCAAGGAGGAGCUGGAGAGCUACCCCCUGGAGAGCGUCCAGGAGUGCGCUGCCGUCCUCAACCGCUGUGUCUACAAUUCCCUCCUGGCCGUCACCGUGAGGGAGCAGAGCCAGCAUGGGAGCAGCAUCCUCCUCUUCCAGUGCGAGCAGCUGGGGGCAGAGCUGAUGAAAGCCAACCUGGAGAAGGCCGUCAAGGAGUGGAAAGGGGAACGGGAGAGUCAGGACGUGCUCAGGAGCAGUUUGGAGACCAUGCUGUCCCAGCACAGCCAAGGGUCCUUCCACAGCAAGCCCCCACGUACCAGCCAGGAUAGGUGGGCUGGACCGCCAGAGCCAGACCCCUUUAUUCCCCCCGCACCACGAGCAUGGCAAAGCCAAGACCAGGUGCCCCGGAAUCCCCCAGCCUCCAUGGAUUAUGCGCCUGACCAGCCGCGGCCCCCAAAGCCGAGAGACGAGUGGACGGAUCCCAGCUUGCAGGCGACGCAGGACUUGGACAAAGACACUGAAAUCCUGAACCAUGUGCUGAGUGACAUCGAGCUCUUCGUGGGGAAGCUGAAGGAGACGAGCGGCUCACUGAGCAGCAAGAAGAAGUCGAAGAAAAAGGACAAGGAGAGAGGAGUGCUGCCCCCUGAGCCUGAGUAUGAGACCUGCUUGCAGAAGAUCAAAUAUGCCUUAAACCUGCUGGGGAAGCUGAAACCUAAGCUGCAGCAGCAGCCCAGUGCCCCGGAACUGGUUCGAAUCAUCUUCUCCACCCUCUCCUUCAUUUUAUCCACCUGUCCCUGGCCAAGCCUGGCUUCUUCCAUUGUUUCCCCUCUGCUGACUGAGGCAGCCAUCGACCUGCUGGACGAGUCUUUGGAGAAAAAGGAUCGUGACACCUGGAAGAGUCUGGGCAAGGCUUGGCACACAACGAGGACAGAGUACCCAGGCGGACAGUUCAUCCCUCCCUACAUCCCCAUCUUCUCAGAUGGGUGGGUGCCCCCCCUGCCGACCCAUAGGGAGAACGCCACUCACGUGGAGAGGCAGCCCCUGGGAAGCCAGAACCACGCCGCAUCCAGGUACGUGCUCCUGUCCCUAGGCUGGCCCGGCUUCCUAUUGAGAGCUCCUUCUAGUCCACCUCAGCGCAUGCAAGCCAUGUAUGAAUUCCAGGCCAGGAACAACAAGGAGCUGACUGUCGUGAAAGGGGAACUGCUGGAGAUUCUAGACCAGAGGAAGAAGUGGUGGCUUGCUAGAAACAGCGCCGGCGAGAGGGGCUAUAUCCCGAAUAACAUCGUGGGGCCAGUGGAUCAGGAGCCUGUGGAGAACAGCAUGAACCAAGCGCCAAGCAGCUCCCCUGGUCUCCAGCAGCACUCCACGCCGGUGGAGGUGACGGCCUGGCUGCGGGACAUGGGCUUCUCCAAGAUCACGGUGAAGUGCCUUGGCGUGCUCAAUGGCAACCAGCUGCUGAGGAUGAGCCAGGAGGAGAUGAAAACGGUCUGCCCAGAAGAGGGGAGACGUGUCUUCUUCAAGCUCUCUGCUGUUAAAUCGUCCCUGGGGAUUGGCCCUCACGAUUAGCUGUCUCCUUUCUACACCAUCUCCGGUCUGGAAGAAGCAUCCGAGGGACAGCAGGUCUUCUAGCAUCAGCCCUACUGCACUUCUAGGAUUCUUUUCAGUCUCUUCCCCUGCCUCUUGUUCCCAGUGCAGAUAUCCCCUAUAGCCAUGUGUCACCCAACUGUCAUGGACUGUUUUUGGUCGGUUUGUACAGCACCUAGCACAAGGGGGGUCCUGGUCCGUGACAGGCUGUUUGGUUCUCCUGCACUACAAAUAAUGCUAAUUUAUUCUUAAAGAUACAUAUGCUCCAGCUAAACAUGGACUUCAGCAUUUUGAUCAAAGGCAGAUAAGUUUAGCUCCCCAACAGGCUUUGUCCAACUCUCCCAGUUGUACAGCACCAGUUCUGGUGUUACAUGUAUUGUUAAACUCAAAGAUACACCCGCUAGAAUGCUUGGCUUUCUUUCCCUACUAUUAUGCCUUUGCAGAGCUGGGUAAGUCUUACUGCAUCUAAAAGAAAAUCUUUCUGCUUAAGAUCAAGCCUCCAGGACCAAGAUCUCCCAAAAUGGUUGUAUAGUUUUCCACAGGUUUUUCUAGCCAGGAGCAAUUUAAGACUACAUACCAUUAAACAAACUUCACCUGAUAAGGGCUAAAGAAAGUUCUUGAUUCAAUCACUUUAUUUGUAGAGGCAACUGCUCUUUCCUAGCCCCUUUUAGGAGCUGACUUUGGGAGAGUAUUAGGAAUAGGGGACAGCCUCUUCCCCCCCCUCCUCCAGAGGGGCUAGGAGCUCUUCCCCUGAUACCAGGGAUGGGAAAAUGGUUUUAAUGAAGUAGAGAUUAAGAUGAAGAAAGGUGUGGGUCAAGUUGUUUGGCACCCACCAAGCUGAACAUUUCAGUUUAUGGGAAAUUCCCAACCUAGUGGCAGACACUGAGCUAGGCCACUAAAGAACUGGGUUAUGAACUGCACAGGACCAGAAGUCCUCCUAGCACUCAAGCCUUGGGUAGCUUACACACUACCUUGCAGGUGAAGCAUUGUGUAUUGGAUGAAUGUCACCUCCCUCCCCAUUGGCUGUGUGUAUGGUAGCCAGAAGACCCAGUCAGUGACUGAUGGACAGCAGCAUCUUUAAAAAGGACAUUUGUCUGUGCAGCCUUAAUCCAUGCAGCUACUUAGAGCCUUGGUGCAAAACAAGGCCAUGCCCAAUGCACUAACACUGGUUGCUUGUUAAGCCAGCUGCAUGAUUCUAGAGAAUUAGGCUGAAGCCCUGUAAACAGGCCACGUGAUGGUUCCUAGACAGGGUAGAGAAAUUUAAAAAAACAAUUGGUUUAAAAUCAGCUUUUUUUGAUAAAAUGCUUUUUGGGGGGGAAAAAAACCACUCAAGAUAGUUUUAAUUAAGAUACAUUAUAGCUCAAAUAUCUCAUCAUGGAAUAGGGAUUAUAAAUUCUAAUUCUUUAGUAUGAGACUAUGUUCAUGUAAUGUCUAAGAAAAGUUUUGUAAAUGAAUUCCAAUAGUUCAUGGAUUAGGGACCCAGUUUUAUGGGGUUCCAGGGGCUUCUGUAUAGAAAGAUUAACCUAAAUGAUUUAUCUAUGCUCAGUCUAGAAGAUACCAUCAGAGAUGUUCAGUUUUGCACUUCUCAAACUGAGAAUGUGUGUUUCCAGAGGUAACAUGCUUUUAACAGCAAAAAUGUUUUUAAAUAAAUAGAGAGGUGAGAAAUAACAGACCUCAAUCCUAUUGUCCCACUGCAAAUUUGCAUACACAGUCAAUCCCUUACCUUUCUCUAAAAGCACAAAGUUUCAAAAAGUUAAAUGAAUAGAAGAUUGUUGGGGGGCGGAAUAGAUCUGGACAAGGAGAAGAAGUCUGGAGAUAAAUGUGAAGUGAGGGACAUGCUUUUUUGUUAAAAUAUUAUGUUUGCUGUUGAAGAAAAAAAUCCAGAAUACUUAAUGUUGUUUUAGUUAAAUAAAACAAUUUAAAUGUCUGUCAGAUGAUCUUCUCUUCCUAAUACAGCAUGGCAAGAAAAUCCUCCAAAUAUUAUGAUUAACCUGUUGAAUUGGAGAUAGUUCACCUCCCAAUGACUUCAUAAAUAUCUGCUUCAGUUACCUUUGGUAAAUGAAAUAACCAAACAAUCUUUCAUUUGCUUAUAUAGCUGUAAAACUCAACUGAAAAGUUUUCAAAAUAAAUCAGUUUAAAAAUG